CGUCAUCACGCCCUGCGUAGGAGGGGCAAUACAGGAAUAGGCCCUUCGGCCCACAGUGAAUGUGUUGACCACAGAAUAUAGAACCGUAUAGUGCAAGGAGGAACUGCAGAUGCUGAUAGAUACAAAGUGCUGGAGUAACUUAGCGGGUCAAGCAGCAUCAUUGAAGAACAUGUUUCUGGUCGGGACUCUUCUUCAGACGAUCACCCGUUCACACUAGUUCCAUGUUACCCCAUAUUCCCAUCCACUGGCGGCAAUUUACAGAGGACCAAUUAACACACACGCCUUUGGGGUGUGGGAGGAACCCGGACCACACGGGGAAAACCCACGUGGUCACAGGGAGAACAUGGAAACUCCACACAGACUGCACCCGAGACGAGUGUGGAGGAUGGAGAAUGAGGGAAGUGAAGAGGAUACUCGUCCUCAGGGCCUCUACACCAUCUUCGCUGCCAUCCUUGUGUUCUUCCUGAUGGGGCUGCUGGGCAUCCUGCUGUGCCGCCUCCUGCAGGAGAAAGGCUACCGGUGCCGCACGUCCCGGCAGCUGGACACAGAGCGGGAGGCCGGGCCGGUGGACGAGGAUGUACACGAUACAAACCAGGACACGCUGGGGCAGAUUGUGCAGUGUAUCCUCAACAACAAAGCUAAUGCGGAGGCUCUGCAGGAGAUGCUGAAGCAGCAUGAAGAGAUGAAGCUGCCAGAGCACAGCCCGCUGUUCCCGGAGCCACUGACCACACUCUCCGCCGCUCCGUUCUCUCACCACCACACCGUGCACGGGGGCGGGACUGGGGUUCCCCACGCGGUGUGUCUGCACUGUAGCCGGCAGGGGAGGUCAGCGAUAGGUCAGGCACGGAACCACCCACUGCGGGGCAAGGUCUGUGGCCCCAGGGGCGAGGUGACUGUCUUCUCCGUGGGCAGGUUUAGGGUCACCCACAUCGAGCGGUUUCGGACGGGGAAGGAGCCAAACCCGCCGCCCCUAGAGGAGUCACAUGUCGCGUCGGUCAAGGACAUGGCCACGGAUCGGGGGGACGGGAGCGUGGAGUCGACGAUCACCGAUACUGCGGCGUCGGAGCCCAGACCAGUGGAGCUACUGGCCCCGCUGCCGCCAGGCUGCCCGUUGUUGACGGUGAUGACGGGAGGAAGCGAGGCCCAUGACCGGUGACGCAGGGUCAUAGGCCGCCCAUGAUGGAGGGGAGAGUCUACCGGCAACCUCGUUCCCCCUCCCGGUGGCACGGUGGCCCCCACAGUCCCGGGAUUCCAGGGAGACUUGGUGGGGCCGGAGCGGAGGGAUACGGGGGGGGGGGGGGGCAGGAAAGGGCUCCCCCACUCCUACCCCUCCCCCCCAGGCUGUGACCGCAUGCGGGAAGUGUGGAAUCACCGUCUGUAUUAGCAGCGCCACGGGAGAGUAUCGAUCCUGGGCGUAAACAUCACCACCAAGCACACCAACACCUCCACUUCCUCAGGGGGUUGUGGAAGCUCACCAAGUCUCCAGAACCCUCACCAACUCCGACAGAUGCACCCUAGAAAGCAUUCCGUCGGGUUGCUUCUUUUGGGAACAGCUCUGCACAAGACUGUGAGAGACUGCAGAGAAUUGUGGAUGUAGCCCAGACCAUCACACAGACUAGACACCCCACCAUUGACACCAUCUAUGCCACGCUGCCUCAGGAAAGCAGCCGACCUAAUCAAAGACUUGCCCCUGUCCCACCCCCAUCAUUCCUUCUUCUCCCCGCUCCCAUCCAGCAGAAAAUACGGAAGCUUGAAAGCACGCACCACCAGACUCAGAAACAGCUUCUUCCCCUCUGUUAUCAGGCUUCUGAACGGCACUUCCAUAAGCUAGGGUGGCCGAUCUUCCAACCUACCUCAUUGAGAACAUUGCACUUUUUCUCCGUAACUGUAAUAGCAUAAUGUUGUAACACCAUAACACUUCUGCACUCUGGUAUUCUUCUUUUUGCACUACCUGUUGUACUUGUGUAUGGCUUGAUUGUAUUUAUGUCUAGUAUUAUCUGAUGCGUUUGAAUAGCACACAAACAAACAAUUUUCACUGUAUCUGGAUACAUGUGACAACAAUAAACUAAUGCUAAUGAAUGUGUUCAAUGGCCACACACACACGCGCACACACACACCCGGCUCCUGUCAGGGAUUAAUUAACAGUGCAACAAACCCACACUGAUUUUGGAGCCAGCGUUAUUCCUCACUAGGAAUGAUCUUCAGUUCUCGGAAGUUAGAGGAUUCUUAAACUAGAGGGCACUGCUUAAGGAGAGAGGGGAGUGAUUUAAGUGAGACCACGGGGGCAAUAUUUUCACUCAAAGAGCAGUCUGUAUCUGUAACAAGCUGCUAGUGGAAUCUAUACAAGCGGAUACAAUUACAGCUUUUAAAAGAAAAGUCUGAAGAAGGUUUCCAACCCGAAACAUCAUCUUCCCAUGUUCUCCAGAGAUGCUGCCUGACCUGCUGAGUUACUCCAGCACUUUGUGUCCCUUUGAAUUUUAAAGUACGUUUGGAUAGACAUACAGCACAGAAACAGGCCCCUCGGCCCAACUUGCCCAUGCCGACCAAGCUACCCAAUCUACACUCGUCCUAUUUACACGCAUAUGGACCACAUCCCUCUAAACCUUUCCUAUCCAUGUACCUGUUCUUCUUGCGUAUGGCGUGCACAGCCUAAUGUUGUAGGACAACUUGUUCUAUUUGAACUUACUUGAUUAUGCACGCCAGGUUGAUUGCAUUCGUCUAAACAGGGCGGACCAUGUGAAGGUUGCAAUCUUCCACCCCAUGUACCUGUUAAAUUGUCUUUUAAAUGUUGUUAUAGUACCUGCCUCAACUGCCUCCUCUGGCAGCUCAUUCCGUAUACCAACCACCCUCUGUGUGGAAAAGUUGGCACUCAGGUUCCUAUUAAAUCUUUCCUAUUUCACCUCUUUCCUCUUUCACCUCUUGCCAUAGAGGGAGUACAGAGAAGGUUCACCAGACUGAUUCCUGGGAUGUCAGGACUUUCAUAUGAAGAAAGACUGGAUAGACUCGGUUUGUACUCGCUAGAAUUUAGAAGACUGAGGGGGGAUCUUAUAGAAACUUACAAAAUUCUUAAGGGGUUGGGCAGGCUAGAUGCAGGAAGAUUGUUCCCGAUGUUGGGGAAGUCCAGAACAAGGGGUCACAGUUUAAGGAUAAGGGGGAAAUCUUUUAG